CCCCCCCGGGGAGGAACAUGUCAUCCGGAGGAGAGAAAAUCGGGGGUCCGAACUCCACAGACGGCGCCGCGGAGGCGUGGCCGGAGCUGGAGAGGGCGGAGCGCUACGCCCGGGGCGCCGCCCUGAAGUGGGCGUCGGGCGUCUUCUGCCGCCCGGAGCAGCUGGAGCGUCUGGGGCAGUACCGCAAGCGGGAGAGCCAACGCACUUCCGCUAUACACUCCCGGCUGAAGUCGGUGGUGCAGUCCUACCUGGAGGGCGUCGGCCGGGGGCUCCAGCACCUCCGCCACGCCCGGGCGGAGCUCCGCGACGCGGCGCUGUCGCUAGCGGAGGCGGAGGCCGCCGCGCGACGCAGCGCCGAGGCGUCGCGGCCCCUCGACGCGCUCCGGGAGGCGGCCGGGCGGCACGGCCAGCUGCGCGCCGCCGUCAGCAACCUGCCCCGCCUCUACGCAGUCCCCUCCCUCGUGCGCGACGCCGAGCGCCUCCUGCAGUCCCGCCGCCUCCUGGAGGCGCACCGCCGCCUCUCGGAGCUGCGCUCCUGGCGCGACGACCUCCUCGCCCAGCUCCGCCCCUCGCCCUCCCCGGACGGCCAAUCGCUGGCCCUGGCCUACUUCGGGGGCGCGGCCCGCCUCCGCGAGGGCCUGCGGCGCGAGGUGUGGGCGGCGGUGCGGGCGGGGCUGUCGGGCGGCGCCCGGCAGGACCCCGCCCCCUUCGUGUCGGCCGUCCGCAUCGUGGAGCGGGAGGAGGCGGCGGCGGCCGCGGCGGCCCAAUCGGACGCGAGGGGGCGGGGCCCCGGGUGGCGGGCGCGGUUCUUCGAGGUGGUCGCCGAGACCGCCCGGGAGCGCGUCGCCGGGGCGUCGUCGUCGUCGUCGGCGUCGUCCCCGCGCCGGCUGGCGGCCCACCUCUCGGCGCUGCAGCGGCGGGUGGCGUGGGACCUGAGCACGGCGCGCUACGCCCUGGAGGGCUGCGUCCCCGCGUCCUACCGGCUGACGGCGGCGUGCCUGCGGGCGUGGCACGCCGCGCUGCGCGAGCACCUGGCCGCCGUCUGCGCCGGCGAGCUGGAGGGCGGCGAGGUCUUCGCCCUGCUCAACUGGGCGCUGCACGUCUACAACAGCCCGGAGAUGAUGGGCGACCCCGCCCUGGCGGCCGAGGUGUCCCCCGACGAGCUCGGGCCCCUCCUCCCCCCGGAGACGCUGGAGCAGCUGCAGGACCGAUACGUCCAGAGCGUGCGGAGCAGCCUGUCGGAGUGGAUGCAGAAGGCGCUGGAGGUGGAGGCGGCCGAUUGGAGGAGGGAUCAGGAGCCCGACGUCGACCACGAGGGGUACUACCACACCAGCCUGCCGACCAUCAUCGCGCAGAUGCUGGAGGAGAACGCCCAGGUGGCGCUGAUGAUCAGCGGCUCGCUGCGGGACCGGACCGUCCAGAUGGGCCUCUACGAGCUGGAGAGCUUCCUGCACAGGUUCAGAGAGGCUCUGCUGGACUUCGGCCGGCAGCAUCGCCGCAGCGACCGGGGCUCCGCCCCCGACGACGGCGGCGGCGGCGGCAACGGCGGCUUCUACCUGCACUACCUGCUGGCGGCGAUUAGCAACUGCAUCGUCCUCAAGGCCUCCACCGAGAGCCUCCAGCAGCAGCGGCGCCCGGCCCCGCCCGGCUGCCCCGCCCGGACCCCGCCGGGGCCCCUGGCGGCCCUCGACCGUGCGGUGAGGAAGGCGUGCCGCUUGGUGCUGGAGGACCUGUUGGCCGAGCUCGGGCCGCUGCUCCGGCUCCUCCUCUCCCGGGCGUGGCUGGCCAAUGAGGAGCUGACGCGGGAGAUGUGCGGGGUGCUGGAGAGGCGGGUGGAGAUGUACGCCCGGGCCCGGCCGCCGUGCGGGCAGCGCCUGCAGGAGGAGUGCCAGCGCCUGGUGGUGGUGGAGUACGCCCGCGCCCUCAUGCAGAAGCGCGCGGUGUGCCGCGGGUUCGAGGACCGCUCCCAGCUGGCCCGGCGGGUGGCGGCGGACGGCCAGCAGCUCCGGGACGUCUUCCAGGGCGGGGACGCCGACGGCGCCGCCCCGGGACUCGAACCCCCCGCCGCCCUGCUGCCCGUCCUCGCCGACUUCAUCCAGCUCCGCGACCCGGCUAUGCUAACGCUGGAAGUUUCCGGACUCGUGGCCAAGUACCCCGACAUCAGCGAGGAGCACGUCGUCGCCCUGCUGGACGUGCGCGGGGACGUCCCGCGGGAGGUGCGCGGCUCGGUCCUCGACGCGCUGGAGCGUAGCGCCCCGGCCGCGCCGCCGCCGGGCUACCGCCCGCUCUUCCCCGACGUCCUGCUGCCGCCUCCCAGCAUGCCGUUCUGCCUGCCCACCGCCAAGUGCGCCUGAGGGGCGGGGGGCGCUGCGCGCUACGCACUGUACUACACACUCUCUCCGAU